GAAGUUGACCGUCAGAGUGAAGUUGAUCGUGCACGAAGAAAGAUCUUUCUUUUUUCUCCCAACAAAUAAUAACAAUAAACAUGCAACGGUUCGUGAUCGCGUUGGUUGGACUGCUGGUGGCCACCGUCGGUGCGGAAGUGGUUGACUUCGGCACCUGCCCCGGAACCAUGAAAUGCACCGUCCACGAGGUCCGCAUCAGCCCGUGCCCGGAAGCGGCCAAGCAGAAGCCGUGCACCGUGAUCAAGGGCAAGAACGCCACGAUCGAGUUCGACUACACGCCCGAGUGGGCGUCCCAGGAGGCCAAAGCGAAAGCCUGGUGGACCACCCCGGCCACCGAUCUGCCCUUCAUCGGGAUGGACGAGAAGGCGUGCAAGUUCACCGGAUGUCCGAUCGCUGCCGGCCAGAAGCAGUCCUACUCGUACGAGCUGCCCAUCCUGAAGACGUUCCCGACUAGGGCUUACGAUGUCAAGUGGCAGUUGCUGAACGAAGACGGAGAGCAGUGCUGCUUUAUCAUUCCGAUCGUGAUCAAGACCAAGCGUGGAAAGGUCUAAGAAGAUUUAUGGUGAAUGUGAGAAAGAAGAGUGAAAAAUGUGUUUACUUUUGCUAACGGAUGUUGCUUGUUAUAUGAAAUAAAAAUGUUUCACUCAAUA